AUGUCUGAAAGCGAGCUUAAUGCGUAUGUUUGGACUCCGUUACUUAGGAACGCCUUUCUCGGAAAGGAUGAUAUGAAAUUAAGUUGUGGGGAGCUAGCUUCUAAGUCAUAUGAAAAACUCAAAGAAAUCCUUAACAUUGCUGGUCGUAGUGCUCCAAAAUUAGAUGGUAAAGGGUUUCUUAAAUCUUUAGGCACCGAAAUCCUUGCUCAAGAAGACGGUGUCCUAAACACCCACAGCAAAAGGAUAGGUGAUCUCCGGAAAUUAGAGUAUUGCACCAAAGUGAUCCUCACAACCCUAUUCUUUGCGCUUCCCUCUGCCGCCAAAGCAGAUAUCACGAAAAUCGAAACUUACAAUCUUCAAUCGAAUGGAUUUCGUCUCAAAAUUUCUGCAUCGAAGUAUUUGUUUGAAGAUACCAUUGUUACGAUGGAUUUACAGCAUGUGGAAGUUCCAAGGACCGUGGAGGGAUUUUCUAAGCUGGUGGUUGGUGCAAAAACAAUCCUGUCCUGGAAGGCGCGGACUAAGAAUAAUACAAUGGCUUUUUAUGAGGCAUUAAGGAAAGGUCAUAAACGCUUAACAAAUGGGGCCUUUUUUUCGCCAAUAAAGAUAUCUGUAUAG